AUUCGUUCAUUAUUCGCCGACAGCUUCGCGAGGUAGUUUUGCCCGCGCCGCGUUGAAUAUUCAGUUUUGUUUGUUGGGCCUCAUUAAGGGUGGCUGGCUCGUAAUUGUCGUGUGUUUCAAAUGUAAUUUAAAAGCUGAGCGUAACGAAAAGUAUUAUUACCUAGUGAUAAGUGUCAAAACAGAAAAAAUAGUUGCAAUAAAUCCUCCAAAAGUUAACAAUAAAAAAGCAAUUCAAGAAACACACAAAAUUCUAGAAGCAGAAACGCAAAAUGUUCUCACGGCCCAGCUUGUGCGGAAAUCUCGGUAGGCUGUGUCGCAGUGGAACUGCCGCAGCAAUAAGCGCACCAACAACAUUGCCAGCAUUAUCGGCGCUGGCGCUGAGCGAUGCCCGUGGCUACCAUGAGGUUGUCGGCGACAUUAUAUGCCCCUCGCAGGUGCGCGGCAUCGAUCACAUACGCGAUCCUCGCUUGAAUAAGGGCUUGGCCUUUACACUGGAGGAGCGUCAGGUGCUGGGUAUUCAUGGACUGCAGCCGGCACGUUUCAAGACCCAGGAGGAACAGCUGCAGCUGUGCAAGAUUGCAGUGAAUCGCUAUACAGAACCGUUGAAUAAGUAUCUGUAUCUGAGCGAUCUGCACGAUCGCAAUGAGCGUCUGUUCUUCCGCUUCUUGUCGGAGAACAUUGAGGAUCUGAUGCCAAUUGUCUAUACGCCGACAGUUGGCCUGGCUUGCCAGCGUUUUGGCCUGAUCUAUAGACGUCCGCAUGGCCUCUUCGUCACAUUCAACGAUCGCGGUCACAUCUUUGAUGUGAUGAAGAACUGGCCCGAGCCGAAUGUGCGUGCCAUCUGCGUAACUGACGGCGAACGUAUUCUGGGUCUGGGAGAUCUAGGCGCCUGUGGCAUGGGCAUUCCAGUUGGCAAACUGGCUCUGUACACGGCGCUGGCGGGCAUUAAGCCGCAUCAGUGCCUGCCCAUUGUGGUGGACGUUGGAACCAACAAUAUAGAUCUGUUGGAAGAUCCGCUGUACGUGGGCCUGCGGCAGAAGCGAGUCGUGGGACGGGAAUACGACGAUUUUAUUGAUGAGUUCAUGGAGGCAGUUGUGAAGCGAUAUGGCCAGAAUACCCUCAUCCAAUUCGAGGACUUUGGCAAUCAUAAUGCAUUUAGAUUCUUAGACAAGUACCGCAACAACUACUGCACCUUUAACGAUGACAUACAGGGAACAGCUGCCGUCGCUGUGGCUGGAUUGUACGCAUCCAAGCGUAUCACGGGCAAGUCCUUGAAGGACUACACUUUCCUAUUCGCUGGCGCCGGCGAGGCUGCCAUCGGCAUUGCCGAUCUCGUCGUGAAGGGCAUGGUUGCCGAAGGUGUGCCCAUCGAUGAGGCCUAUAGUAGAAUUUUCAUGGUUGAUAUUGAUGGCCUGUUGACCAAAACGCGCAAGGUGGGCAGCUUGGACGGUCACAAAGUCAACUAUGCUAAGGACAUUGAACCUAUGGCUGAUCUCGAGCAAAUUGUGUCCACACUUAAGCCAAGUGUGCUAAUUGGUGCUUCAGCUUGUGCCGGUCUGUUCACGCCCAAGAUUCUGCGCACCAUGGGCGAAAACAACGAAAGGCCCAUCAUUUUUGCGCUGUCUAAUCCAACCAGCAAGGCGGAAUGCACAGCUGAGGAGGCCUAUCAGAAUACGGAUGCUCGCGUAAUCUUCUCAUCGGGCUCGCCCUUCCCACCGGUGACAAUGGGCAACAAGACCUACUAUCCCGGCCAGGGUAAUAAUGCAUACAUUUUCCCUGGCGUGGGUCUGGGCGUCAUCUGCACUGGCACCCAUCAUAUACCCGAUGAUAUGUUCCUUAUUGCCGCCCAGGAGCUGGCCAACUUCGUAGAACCCACUGAUAUCGAGCGUGGCUCAUUGUACCCACCACUGUCGAGCAUCCGCGAUGUGUCCAUGAAUAUUGCCAUUGGUGUGACCAAGUGUGCUUAUGACAAGGGAUUGGCAUCCACAUACCCAGAGCCGCAGGACAAGCGCAAGUGGCUGGAGGAUCAACUGUACAACUUCAACUAUGAGAGCUCGAUGCCUGUGACCUGGACCUGGCCACGCAUGCCAUAUAUCAAGACUCGCGCAGAGAGUCCGCUAAUUGCCGCUAUUAAAUAAGAAAAUCGUUCAGUUCUAUUGGCUCAUCGUUUGAUGGCACUUCUGUAUUGCAUUCUAACCCACUCUUCGAACUACUACCACUACCACUACUACUACUACUACUUCUAAGCGACCACCAACAGCACCAAACACUAAUCAAGCAAACUUUCUGCAAUGGCUCACACUAUCGACAUAUUAUUGAUUCAAUCACUAAAUUCAAGAACUGCCGGCGUACGGCUCUAGAGCUCUACAGCUCUCCAUUGGUGACUAAAACAAGCAAAAGCAACAAGCAAA